AUGGCAACUUUGCGACGAGCACUCAUUACCGGCAUUACGGGACAAGACGGCUCGUACCUCACAGAGUUCUUGCUGCAACAGGGAUAUGAAGUGCACGGCAUCAUUCGACACAGCAGCACAGCCAACACCGAGAGACUCGUGUCUGUAUCCGACCGGAUACAUCUGCACCUUGGAGAUGUCGUGGAUUCAACUUCCCUCUUUGAAAUCAUUUCGCGCGUGCGCCCCCACGAGGUGUAUAAUCUAGCUGCUCAAAGCCAUGUGAAGGUCUCAUUUGAAAUGCCUUUACUCACCACCGACUCGACAGCGGUCGGAGUGCUGCGCGUGCUGGACGCCAUUCGGGCUGCAGGUCUCGCCCACGUGACGCGGGUGUUCCAAGCUUCGUCGUCGGAGAUGUUUGGGUCGAGUUCAGUGGAGCUGCAGAACGAAGAAACUCCUUUCAAGCCUUGUUCUCCCUAUGGUGUGUCCAAGCUGUAUGGACACUUCACGGUGCAGACGUAUCGCUCAGCAUAUGAUAUGUUCUGCGUUAGCGGCAUUCUCUUUAACCAUGAGAGCCCCAGGAGAGGCACCACGUUUGUCUCGCGAAAGAUCACCAUGGGCAUUGCCAAAAUCCUUAAAGGGGAGAUGAAUUGUCUCGAGCUGGGAAAUCUGGACGCUCGCAGAGACUGGGGUCAUUCGCGUGACUAUGUGAAGAGCAUGUGGCUUAUGCUACAGCAGAAGGUUCCCAAAGAUUACGUCGUGGCUACGGGCAAACAACACUCCGUCCGGGAGUUCUGUCAACUGGCGUUCGCUAUUGCGAAUCUUCCUCUCCAGUGGAAGGGCAAAGGCCUGCAAGAAGUGGGGAGCUGUGGGGAUCGAGUUCUCGUGCGGGUCUCCUCUGCACAUUUCCGCCCCACAGAGGUUAACGCUUUAAAGGGAGAUGCCUCACGCAUUCGAUCCGAGUUGAACUGGCGCCCAGAAACCACAUUUACUGAGCUGGUGCUUGAGAUGCUGCAGUGCGACAUGCGUCUUGCGGGUUUGCAUCCCCCAACCGCAUCAGAGUGCAACGAGCGGAUAGCCAAGCACGUGGGAGGCUCUGCGGAACUGCUGCUUGACUAG